GGAACUCUUUGGCAUUGUUCCACUAGCCAUUCACGGCUGUAACUCCAUAUAUGUAAACAGUUUCGGUAGAACACAGGCUGUUUCCCAGAACCCACGGUACGGUGUUUUACAGUUUAUCCUGUAUUUCCUGGUGACAGACUUCCGAUACUGGAGGAGUCUAUCCACUCGGACAGACCUGUUUGUCGCACUCGAAGGUAACGUUACGACAGGCCGUUCACCAAGAUGUCCUACUGCCGUUUUAAACUUGGACAUGUCGCUGUCAACCUACUGGCUUUGGUUAUGGUGUUCUCAGGCCUGAGCGACGCCCAGACCCAGUACUAUGGCAGACUGAUCGGCACCUUCCCGUCCCCGGGACAAGGCGGUGUGGCUGGGGCCGUGUACGCGGUGGACGCCAGCAGACUGCAGAUCGUCGGUUUCUCGUUCGACGGCUCCGUCACAGCCCAGUUCCGUGCAGGCUCUACAGCCUCCCCUAGUGGCAGUGAAGGUGUGCUAGUGCCUGAUGAACAGGGCAGCACUGAUCCAUUGGGUGUGUACAACAACAAGAGGCUGGUUCUGGCUCUCCCCCAAGGAACAACUCUGGAUACUGUCAAGUGGUUUUCUGUCUGGGGUCAGAAUGCCAACCUUGGUCAUGUGACUGUCCCAGAUAAUUUCGUCUACCCCCGUCCACGUUCCAUUGGAGAGUUCAGCAGACGACAACAUGGUGUCCGCUCAGGGGAAGUCACCAUAUUAAAUGCCAAACAAUUCCACAUACAAAAUCUACACUAUGAUGGAUUGGGACCUGAUGCAUUUUUCUGGGCUGGCAACAGGGACGCUCGUCCCAGCCCCAGAGGGUUCAAGGUGCCUGACCACCGAGGAAGUUAUGACCAGAGACUACCCCGGUAUACUGGCCAGACAAUCACCAUCAUGCUGCCAGGUGACGUGACAGUAUAUGACAUCAAGUGGCUCAGCAUGUGGUGCAUCCGCUUCACAGCAAACUUCGGUGAAGUGUUCAUCCCAUCAGACCUUAAUGUCCCACCACUAGUGGAAGACAUAGAGAUCCCUCCUAUGGCCAUGAUGAACUGUGAGGAGCUGCAUCGUGACAUGCAGGUCAGCUGGACCCUGACUGGAGAGAUCCUGGGGGUUGAGCUGGCAGGCCGAGUGGAGGACGGAGACUACAUGGCAUUUGGCAUCAGUGGCUGUGACAACCGUGCCUGCAUGGUGGGUUCUGACGUGACGGUGGCCUUCUAUGAUGGGGAAACUCCCCAGGCUGUGGACUACACACUAAAAGCUUACUCUCAGUGCAGCGGGUCGUCUGGCGUGUGUCCGGACGGUAGAGUGGGCGGGGAAGACAACAACGUCAACAUCACUGGCCGACGGGUCAACGGCAUCACCAGGAUUCGGUACUCUCGUCCAAUCAACACGGGCGACACCACAACUGACAAAGUCAUUGACCCGUCUCAGAACAUGUACAUUUCCUGGGCAAUCGGUCCAAUCAACCCAAGUGGAAUUGCCGCCAAACAUCACACCAGAGUUGAUGUAUCAGAUGACGUCCGGCUCAUGUUUGGUCGAGAGCCUUCUGACAUGUGUGAGAUGAUCAGCAGUGCAACUCCGGCCCCAGUCACACCUUGGCCAACAAGAAAGAUUAAGGGCGAUUGGGUCACAAACUUCAUUGUACACAUUGGACCAACAGGUGGAAGAAGGGGAUAUGAAGCCAUUACAGGCCUGCCGUCCUGGGGGAUUGCCUGGUGGCUGAACGGCCUGCUGAUUCCUGAGCUGGAGCUGAUGAGGGGUUGGAACUACACCUUCAUCGUAGAGGGAGGGGACAACGACACCAUUCCUGAACAGUACCACCCCUUCUACAUAACAGAUGAUCCUAUUGGCGGCUACACACAGAAAACCGAAGCAGAAAAACAGCGAGUGAAGGUAUUUGCUGGUGUUGAUGAGAAUGGGAUGCCAACUGCAGGCCGAUACUGUGAGUACAACAGCCCGACUGGGGACACGUCGGAGACAUCAGAGACAUUUGCCGAGUACAAAAGCACAUUACAGUUGAACUGCAGACCGGGCGUAGCUGCACAGUUCACCUGGACUCCUGAUGAGAACACACCAGAUCUGGUGUACUACCAUUGCUUCACCCACCAGUACCUCGGCUGGAAGAUCCGUGUUGUGGAUGAGUUCACCUCAGGAUCAGCUGGGGUCCAUGCUGGCACGCUGGCUGUCAUGGGGGCUCUUGUUGCUGGAGCAUUGUCUGUGUUAUUCAGCCACAUUUAGAAGCAUGUGUCAGACACAUGUAUGUACAUGCAUUUUAUUUCUACACUGGGUACAGUGCUUUCAUGUGCAAUGGUUAAAAAAGGUAAAAUACUACUGUCACGCAAGUGUUGACCACUGGUGUUCUUUAUAUAUCUGUGUUCAACAGAUAUAUAAAGCAGCAGAAUCUUUUUAUAGUUUAUAUAUUUAGCAUUUUAGUUUCAGAGAGUAGUUGUGUAUGGCUGGUUUAUUGGGGCUCCUGUAGGCCUUAACCCCAGUUUUGCUUGCGAUGCUUCCAGUACAAGUUAAUGCCAAUCAAAUGUUGUAGAAAUAGCUGUAUACUAGUAUUAUAUUGGGGCAGUAUUAACUGAGUUAAAUAAUUGUUUUAACUUUAAGAUGAAUGACAAAAUGAUUAGUGAGAAGCCUAAAUUCUAUAGUCUGUUAGAAAUGUUAGGAAAAGACUUUCUGAGUGUAUAUAUAUGUCUAAGCAUAUAUAUAUGUAGAUGUGAACUUUUGUUAGUGAGUGAAUCAUUAAACUAAGUAAAGGGGAUUUUUAAAAAUUGCAGAUAUACUUGUAGCCUAUGAAUAGUGGUGUGUAUUUUUGUAUCUUUUAGGUCACAUUAAAUCAUUGGUCUGAAGAUGGCCAUUUCAAUUUUAAACACUUGAUGUGGAUUUUAUUUUGGAUUCUCAAUAAGUGUACACUGUAAAUUACUUUGAUCCUGUGAGAGAUUUUUUUACACCAAUGUAAUUCACAUGAAUGGGAUGCCCUUUAUCUUGUAUCUGUAGUUUCAAUUAUCUGAAUA